AUGGGUCCUUUUUCGAAAAACAAGUCCGACUUCGACGUCGAGUCAGUACCGGCUGAAAAAUCAGGGGGGUCGAGCGAGUAUGGCAGCGGUAUUGUCCCAGACGAAGGUGCUGUUCCCGCCGAGACUUUCGUUUUGGGAGAUUCUUGGUAUGCGAGGACACAGAGACUCGCGGGGAAAUUUGGUGUAGAGCAGAGAGGUAUCGAGCGUGUUCCAAGUGACGAGCGUUCCGAUGCUGGUAUGUCACAAAUUGGAACUUUGUGGCUCAGUGCCAACAUGGUCGUUUCGUCUUUUGCCAUUGGAGCUCUGGCAUACCCUGUCUUCUACCUUGGAUUCAUUGACACAAUUUUGAUCAUCUUCUUCGUCAACUUGAUGGGAAUACUUCCUGUCUGUUUCUUUUCGACUUUUGGCCCUCGAUUCGGAUUGAGACAGAUGGUGCUAAGCCGUUUCUACUUUGGAUGCCUCAAUGGCGGUCCUGGAUCUAACCUCUUCGAAGUUGCUGUUUUCAACAUCCUGGCUUGUAUUGGUUGGUCCUCUGUAAAUGUCAUUGUUGGAGCCCAAUUGUUCAAUGCUGUCAACCACAAUAUGCCUGGCUGGGCUGGAAUCUUGGUAAUUGCGGUCUCAACCUUCCUCAUUACCCUCUUCGGGUAUAAGAUUGUUCACACCUACGAGAGAUACUCCUGGAUUCCAUGCUUAAUUAUCUUCUUGGUUGUAUUGGGAGAAUUCGCCCACUCUGGUGAAUUUUCGAACAUCCCAAUGGGCGUCGGGAUAUCUGAAGCAGGAUCUGCUCUUUCCUUUGCCGCAUCCGUUUAUGGGUUUGCCACUGGAUGGACCUCCUAUGCUGCCGACUACACUGUUUACCAACCUGUCGGUCGUUCCCGCAAAUCGAUCUUUCUGUGGACGUUCGCCGGCCUUUCAUUCCCUCUUCUCUUCACCCAAAUGCUCGGUGCUGCUAUCGCAACGACAAUGGCUGCCAACGAUGGAGACAAUGCUUAUAUGGAUGGCUAUAGUUCUUCUGGCAUUGGAGGACUUCUGGCCGCCGUCAUCGUCCCACCAUUGGGCAAAUUCGGUCAAUUCUGCUUGGUCAUUCUCGCACUCUCCAUCGUUGCCAACAACUGCCCGAACAUCUACUCCGUCUCUCUCAGUCUCCAACUCCUGGCUCGUGUGUCCCAACGCGUUCCCCGAUUCAUUUGGACCUUUAUCGGAACAUGCGUCUAUGUCGCCAUCGCAAUCCCAGGUUACAGUCACUUUGAGUCCAUCCUCGAAAACUUCAUGCUGGUGAUUGGGUACUGGCUGGCUAUUUAUGAGGGCAUUUCCAUUUCGGAACAUGUUUUCUUCAAGCGUGGAUUCAGCGGAUAUAACCCUCAGGACUACCUCGAGCCUAGCAAGCUUCCUCCUGGAUUCGCCGCCAUCACUGCUUUCCUCUUUGGUGUUAUGGGAGCUGUGCUCGGAAUGGCUCAGGUAUGGUUCACGGGUCCCAUUGGAAAGCUCUGCGGUGCUGAAUAUGGUGGUGACGUUGGAUUUGAAUUGGCGUUCUCCUUCUCUGCUAUUUCCUACUGUAUAUUAAGAUCUUUCGAAAAGUCCUACUUUAGACGGUAG